AUGUUCAAGUUCGGCCUAGUUGUACUCGCGCUCAUGUCCGCUGGCAGCGCUGCCGCAAGGGCUGGCACGUUCGUCGUCGACGUUCCUGGCACCUUGACAGUGUCGCGCAUGGACCCAAUCGCGAACCCUGCGGGGUUGAACACCCCCGAGGAGCAGCUGGCUGCCGAAUGCACGACCGUGCAGAUCGGCGAUGACAAGUCCAAUUACUGGGCACCCUCACUGUACUGGAUCAACGCCAACGGGACAUACACCCUGCUCCCGCACGCACUCAAGAUCUACUACCUUUUCCAGACAGGGGUUCAGAAGACACACGCGUUUCCUCCAGGCCUGCGCAUGAUCUCUGGUAUCGCAAUGAGGCGUGAUCCGGGGCAUAUCGCUGCGCAGGGCUUCGACAUUAACAUGUCCCCAUACAAUGCCGAUAUUCCCUACAACCACCAGUACUUGCCCAACGGCACGACGUACCCUGACCCGCCGCCAGGCAACUACAUUCACAUGAACAUUGGGUUCCCAUUCUGCGGGCGUGCGGACCAGGCCCUCGACUCGGACGGCCACUUCUCCCACAUGUCGUGGGGUAUCGACGGUGGCGGAAACUGGGAGCCCAAUAACCAUAUCGGCAAGUGUCCCGAGUCCCACCCGAUCCUGUACCCGCGCAUCUUCCUCGAAAACUUCUACUACAUUACCCCCGAGAUGAAGGCGCAGUGGAACAAGUCCGGGCCCAACUUUAUCCUUUCGAACGGCGACACCACUGGUGUUACCUUCCACGCCGACUUUGUCAACGGGUGGAAGACCGAGACGCUCCAGGCGGCCGUGGAAGAGUGCUUUGAUACGGGACACGACAUUGGCAGCUGCGCUCCUUUCGUACCCACCCUCAAUGCGACCGAGAACGAGCGGCAAUGUCGGUACCAGGGCCAGAUCCCUGCCGAGGAUGUAGGCUUCUCAGGGCCGAUUGAGCAUCUCCCCGGCUGCAACCCGCGCUGGGACUGGGACGGACCAAUGAGUAAGCCAAACUCCCCAGCGGACUGCCCAUGGUUCAAGCAGCCAGGAUGGACGUCUCCGAACCUCAUGUUCCGUAUCCCACAAUACGAGGGUACCGGCUCAGUCACCAACAACAUCCCCGUCGUGCUCCCCGGCGUCGACACGUCUAAUCUCACCAAUCUACCCUCGCCAAUUGGCUCCUCACCAAAUAAACCUGUCCCCAAGUAUAUAGAGUGGGCUGUGCGCACCGACGAGACGACCAAGGUCCCCCAUGUCAUGGUCGGCACGCAGGAGGCCGUCGAUGCGGCCGCCAUGUCGCCUAGUGGCCUCAACGCCGAUUGCCAGGUGUAUGGUCGCGGACGCAUCGGAAAGGGGUUCACCGCGAGGGACCCUGGCGAGAACGGCCUCAAGAACGUUGACACCACCGGCUCGGGAGGGCUGUUCAAGGAGACUUACCGUUGCAGUACACCGAUUUACCUGCCCUGCGGUCCGCCUGACAACUCGACGCUGUCUGGUGGCAUCUCGACGCAGCCAGGGGCCAACUCGACGUUGCGGGAGGCCAAUUCGACGCAGGCUGAGUCGUCGGCGGGAAACGCGACCGCGCCGAUUGGGAGCGCGUCACCGCCCGAGAGGAGCGCGUCGUCGUCGGAAGAGGUCCAGCCUGUGGCUGGCAGCCCAACCGACUUGGGCAACGUGUUGGUAGGGGCUCCGAGCGACGAAGUCACCGGUUCCAGCAGCGCAUCAGCGGGCCCAAGCGCUGAUACGGAUCCAAGCAGCGCACUGGCAGACCCUAGCGCCGCAACAACGGGUCCCAGCGACGUGCCUAAGCGCUGCGGCCGCAAGAGGCGCCGUUCCCAUUAG